UACUCCUUUCAGUCUUUACUUCUCUCCCUUCUUCCUCAUCCACCUCCCCCUAUUCUUCUUCUUCGUCUUCUUCUUCUUCUUCUUCCAAUCCAUGCAUCUUCCUCCAAAAUUCUAGGGUUCCAAAUUCCACCGCCAACCAUGCCCGAUUUGGGGAAUUUGUCUCUUUCCGAGACUCUAGCUCUCCCCACCCCCGCAGACCCUCCUGUCUUAACCAAUUCUCUCCACUCAGCCAACCUCAAAAACCUAUCGCCACCAUCCAACACCGUUGUUUACACGCGCUAUGCUCUUCGGCAAGAUGGCAUUCGCAUCCACAAAACUCACGGAACCGAGAUUAAGGUUCCUGCCGUCAAAGCAGCUAAUGGUGACGCCAAGGGUUUGGAGGAUGGAAUCAGAGAGUUCUCUCAGAAGAGGAACAAGAUUGGCUCCGAGGAUCCCGAUCUUGAAUUCUCACUUCCCUUCCUCGUUGGCGCUUCCAAAAUGGUACAAUUCAAUUUCUUUUCCCUGAAGUCUGUAGAUUUUGCUAUGAACACUGGGGGGAUUAGAAUCUACUUCUGUGUAUUGGUUCAGGUUGAAUGCCUUGUUUGCCAUCGUCUAGUGUGCCCAGGGGAGGAGCUAUGUUGUUCUGUUCGUGGCUGUGGGGGAAUCUACCAUAUCAAUUGUGCAAAAGAAACUAUGGGGAUCUCGAAUCCAAAAAAAUUCAAGUGCUCACGACAUGCAUGCUUUGUCUGCAAACAAAAGAAGCAGUUGCGGUGUGUGCGUUGUACAAACGCAUUUCAUGAAAAAUGUGCCCCAUGGCCAGAGGCUGUGGUGAGCCUACAGGACAAUCCUGGACAUGCUAUUUGUUGGAGGCAUCCUUCUGAUUGGCGAUUGGAUGGGAAGCUUGAAGGUUCCACAAGUGACAUACAGGAAGUAUUUCGUCGGUUGCCUGUUCCAUAUGUCAAUGAGGAUUUCAAGAUUGAUCUUACAUGGAAAGAGAUGGAGACUAAGAUGGAACCACCAUCAUAUGUGCAUAUAAGGCGCAAUUCCUACUUAGUCAAGAAGCGUAGUGACGAAGAUGAUGGUGCGGGGUGUACCAGUUGCAGCUCUACCUGUUCGGAUGAUUGUGUGUGCAGGGUUCAAUGCAUAAGUUGCUCAAAGUCAUGUCGCUGCUCAGAAAAUUGCGGUAAUAGGCCAUUUCGCAAGGAGAAAAAGAUUAAGCUGGUCAAGACUGAACAUUGUGGAUGGGGAGUAGAGGCAGCUGAAACCAUCAACAAAGGCGAAUUCAUAAUUGAGUAUAUUGGAGAAGUCAUUGAUGAUGCUUUAUGUGAAAAAAGGCUUUGGGACAUGAAAUACGGGGGUGCACAGAAUUUUUACAUGUGUGAGAUUCGUAAAGAUUUUACUAUAGAUGCAACCUUCAAAGGAAAUAUGGCUCGCUUCUUAAACCAUGGUUGUGAUCCCAACUGUGUUCUCGAGAAGUGGCAAGUAGAUGGUGAAACGCGGGUUGGUGUAUUUGCUUCCCGUUCAAUAGAAACGGGAGAUCCCUUAACAUAUGAUUACAGAUUUGUGCAAUUUGGACCUGAGGUAAAAUGUCAAUGUGGUGCCCCAAAUUGUCGAGGGUUUUUAGGGGUGAAAAAGAAAAUUGUGAAGUUAGAUAUUUGUUGGGGUUGGGGAUCAAAGCGUAAGAGAACUUCAGCUGCAUGUCCUGCCAUAGAAACACAUGUAUGAUUCGUUUGUUUGGUGCCUUAUUUUGGUAAUCCUUGUGCAUUGCCAUCACUUUUGUAUGUAAAGCCGAGAUGAAUUUUCAAAUACAAAACUCAUUUGAAAAGGAAAAAUGAUAAAGCGAAAAAAAAUGAACCAGGGCGAUAGGGAUCAGUUUGCUAAGAGCAGACGACAAUGGCAUUUGUAGCAAUUGAACAAUGAAAU